UAUGUUGAUUGCCCAUUGCCUCUGCUUCACCCACCUCUCGCCUCCUCAUCCUCUUCCUUUCCCUUCUCUUCUCUUGUCCCAAGGUGCUCGCUCUGCUCUCUUCCCUCCCCUGUUUGAUGCAAGUCUAGGGUUGAGAUUUUCAGGAAUCUGAUUCGCGGGAUUUUGUGAAAAAAUUGGCUGUUCAGAAUCCAUGGCAGGCUGCAAUCAAGGGAAUAUAGCUCCUCAAGGCGAAGAAGUGCUAUUGGAGAAAAGAUAUGGAGGUAUUGUAGCCAAAAAGCCAUUAAUCUCCAAGGACCAUGAAAGAGCUUACUUUGAUUCUGCUGACUGGGUCCUUGGCAAGCAAGGAACAAGCCCAAAGUCAAAAACCGCUGUUGAAUCUCUUAAACCCAAGUUGAAGCGCACUCCUCAUCAUCAGCUUCCACCUCGAAAGCCUGCAUGCACAACCGGCGUCGAAGAUGCAGAGUAACUGCUGAGGGAUUGAAGUCCAUGAUUAUUCCUUGGCAUGGACAAACAACUAUCUUUGUUUUCCCAAAGAAAAAAAAAAUUGAGUCAUUUUUAUGAGAAGUCUUGGAACUAUCAGAAAUGUUUUGCACAUAA